AUGAUCGAACGAGGCGACAUCGUCUCGUGGCAGCAGACGUACUUGCGGGGCAUUGGUUGUCACAGGCAAGAGUGUCGCAAGGUUUUCUACCUGGACGAGACGUGGGUGACGGCAGGGCACAGUGUCUUGAUCGCGUGGGUGGGCAGCACUGUGACCUCGUCCCACAACGCAUUCAUGCGAGGUAUCACGACGGGCCUGAAGCAGCCGUCGGGGAAGGGCCAACGCCUCAUUAUCACGCAUAUCGGCAGCGAGGACGGCUUCGUGGCUGGGUGCCUCAACGUCUUCCGAGGCCAGAAAACCGGCGACUACCACGAGGAAAUGGAUGGUACGCGGUUCGAAAAGGGGUUCGACGGUGCUCUUCAAAAACUGCCGGCGGGGAGUGUCGUCAUAAUGGACAAUGUUUCGUACCAUUCUCGGCGGCCUGAUGCAGUUCCGACGACGAAUUCCCGCAAGAAGGUAAUCCAGGAGUGA